UGAAUCCGCCAUUUUGCAUAGCUUCGUUUGCGUUGCUGUAAAGUGCGUCGCAUAUUGUGUUAAAAUUAUAGUUACAGCCUUAUCGCAAGCGUGUUUAAAUAAAGUAAUCUGUGAUAGCUAGCUGUUAAGUUUAAUAAUAUACUUAAUUAUUGUUAAUUUAUUUAGUUUUUAAGUGUCUGUGACUCGUGAAAAUGGGCAGGAAGAAGAAGAAGGCAUCUAAACCAUGGUGCUGGUAUUGCAACAGGGAGUUCGACGACGAAAAGAUUUUGAUUCAACACCAGAAAGCGAAGCAUUUCAAAUGUCACAUUUGUCAUAAGAAAUUAUAUACGGGUCCGGGCUUGUCUAUACACUGCAUGCAGGUCCACAAGGAAGCCAUAGACAAAGUACCAAAUUCGUUACCAAAUAGGUCAAAUAUAGAAAUAGAAAUUUAUGGUAUGGAAGGUAUUCCACCUGAAGAUAUAAGGGAGCAUGAGAAGCAGAAAUCAGGUGGAGGCAAAGGGUCCGACAGUGAAGAUGACGAGCCUGCUGCAAAGAAAAAAGCUACUCCCGCUUUAUUAGGUGCAGGACCUUCAGCAGUGACCCCGGGUAUCCUGCCCACCCCGAUGGGACCUGGCAUGCCCGGAAUGUACCCUGGACACAUGCAGAUGAAUCCGAUGAUGCCUCCCUUCAUGCAGGCACAGGCUAGAAUGAUGAUGCCCGGCAUGCGGCCGCUGUUCCCCGCGGCGAGCGUGGCGGUCUCCACGCCCAGCAAGCCUACUUUCCCUGCUUACAGCAACGCGACGAUAAGCGCCCCGCCGACCACCUCGGCCUCCCACGACCCGAAGGAGAACGGCGACGUGAAGCCCCCCGCCGCCAACGCGUGCCCGCUCGUCACCGCCACCGGCGCCGCCUCCAAGAUCAUCCACCCGCCCGAGGACGUGUCGCUCGAGGAGAUCCGCGCGCGCCAGCCCCGCUACCGGCCCAAGCCGCAGGAGCGGCGCCACCAGCCCGCGCCCGCCAUGGUCACGCCCAGCACCAGCCAGGCUGAGGUAAUGUACAAUGUGCCCCAGGUGCAGGCGCACAUGAACGCGGCGGUGGCGGCGGCGGCGCGGCAGCAGGCGGCGGCGGCGGCGCAGGCGCAGCAGGCCAUGCGGCGGCCCAUGAUGCAGCCCGUGCACGUGCUGCAGCAGCCCGUGCGCGUGGGCGUGCCCGUGUCCAUGCCGCCCGUCAUGGGCGUGCUGCCGCUGCCGCAGUUCAACCUGGUGCGCCCGCUGCAGCCCGGGAUGCAGGGGAUGCUGUUGCCCGGCAUGGGAGGCAUGGGCGGCAUGGGAGGCAUGGGCGGCAUGGGCGGCAUGGGAGGCAUGGGCGGCAUGAUGCCCAUGGGCGCCAUGUUCCCGGGCGGCGUGCCGGGGAUGAUGAUGCAGCACCGGUUCCGAUAGCGGCGCCCCGAUCGACUCGCUGGCUGAACAUAAGGGUGGGUCGGCCCGCGCCGACAGCAAGCGCAGGUAGGCGCUCGUUAGUACUUAUUAUACGUCCGCUUGACGAUUGUGUGUCCAAUGCUCUUGCUAAUUCGGUGAAGGGAUACUUACAAGGUAAGACGCACGCACACGCGAGCGCGCAACGGACAUGGACGGAACCACAUGCCAAUUUAGUUUGAAAGAAU